CUUGGCGGGAAACUGCCUGGAGGUCACAACGCUGCUGCCGCGCCUGUGAGGGCAACGGUUGAGGGAAGACGCCUGCGCCUCCCACAGAGUGCGUGCUGCGUGGUGCAGGUUUCGUGGUCGCUGGUGCCAGUCCUCAGACGUUCCGUAAUAGUGCACUGGUGUUUCCCAAUAAGAUAUCAACAGAGCAACAGUCUUUAGUGUUAGUGAAGAGGCUCCUAGCAGUUUCAGUAUCCUGUAUCACAUAUUUGAGAGGAAUAUUUCCUGAAUGUGCUUAUGGAACAAGAUACCUAGAUGAUCUUUGUGUCAAAAUUCUGAGAGAAGAUAAAAACUGUCCAGGAUCUACACAGUUAGUGAAGUGGAUGCUAGGAUGCUACGAUGCUUUGCAAAAAAAAUACACACAUAUUCCAGGUGGUCAACGAGACAAAGAGGAUCCCUUCUCUAGUGGGAAAACAGUCAAUAAAACAAGUAAUUCAGCUAAGGAUGGUUGUUCUAGCUGUAUACACCAAUCCAGAAGACCCUCGGACAAUUUCAGAAUGUUACCAAUUUAAAUUCAAGUACACUAGUAAUGGACCAGUCAUGGACUUCAUAAGUAAAAACCAAAACAGUGAAUCUAGUAUGUCAUCUGCUGACACCAAGAAAGCAAGUAUUCUCCUGAUUCGCAAGAUUUAUAUUCUAAUGCAAAAUCUGGGACCUUUACCUAAUGAUGUUUGUUUGACCAUGAAACUUUUCUACUACGAUGAAGUUACACCCCCAGACUACCAGCCUCCUGGUUUUAAGGAUGGUGAUUGUGAAGGAGUGAUAUUUGAAGGGGAGCCUAUGUACUUAAAUGUGGGAGAAGUCCCAACACCUUUUCACACCUUCAAAGUAAAAGUAACUACUGAAAAAGAACGAAUGGAAAAUAUUGAUUCAGCUAUAUUAUCACCAAAACAAUUAAAAACACCACUUCAAAAAAUUCUCAUGGACAAAGAUGAUAUAGAAGAUGAACAGGAGCAUUAUAUAAGUGAUGAUUUUGACCUUGAAACUAAAAUGGAAGAGCAGAAGAAACCCCCUGGAUCUUCUGAUCUUGGAGAACCAAAUUUAGUUUGUGAGGAAGAUGAAAUUAUGAGGUCUAAAGAAAGUCUAGAUCUUUCAAUUUCUCAUUCUCAGGUUGAACAGUUAGUCUGUAAAACAUCUGAACUUGAUGUGUCUGAAAGCAAAACAAGAAGUGGAAAAAUCUUUCAGAAUAAAAUGGCUAAUGGAAAUCAACCAGUAAAAUCUUCUAAAGAAAAUCGGAAGAGAAGUCAACUUGAACCUGGGAGAACAGUCCUUCAUCACUUUGAUUCUUCCAGUCAAGAGUCAGUACCAAAAAGAAGAAAGUUUAGUGAACCAAAGGAGCAUAUAUAAAAAUUAAUUUUUUCUUCUGCAUGUUUGUGAAGUUCUCAACAUUUCAACUACUGGACAAUGUAUUACUAUUUUAACGUGUGUUUGCCAUGUGAAAAUUUAAAGAUUGUGUUAAGCAGUUAGUACAAAAAUAAAUUUUUAGCUGUCAUAUUGUGAUCCUUAAUCUUAUCUGAGACAAUGCAAGAGAACUUUUGGAUAAAACCAAAAGUACCAGUGUCAUAAUUGAUUUUGCUCAUUAUCUACUCAAUAUUGAUCUGUCUUCCAUUUUGGUAGAUACUUCCUUUAAACAUAUAUUAACCUUUAAUGCACUCUAGAGCCAAUUUUAAAAACGAAUAAUGUUCAUUUUGUUAUUAAAUUUUGGUAGGAAUUUACUUUUUACUUAUGUUAAAACUGUAACACUUAACUGGUUAUUUGUCCCUGUGUCAUUAAAACAAUGUUCUUUGGUGCUUUGAUAGAGUGUACUAACACGGUAAUAUAUAACAUACCAUCAAAAAUUGGUUAUCUUUUUUAACUUUUUUUUUUUUUUUUU